ACUGGAAAAGAAAUGAACUAAUGGGGUGCGGGAAAAAGAAAGGAGUGAGAAAGUGUGGUGGGGAGAGAAAGAGAGAGAUGCGGGAGGGAGAGAGAACGAAUGCGAUUUUUACCACAUCCACAAAGUCUAUGAAUAUAAAGAUUUUCUAAUUCUUUAUUUUGUUAGGUUAGUGUUCAGGUUAAUGUUUAAUGUUCUACAUAUCCACUAAUUUUCCACGGAGGCAUGCAUCUGUGUCAGCUGUCUUUUUGUAACCAGUAUUACUUUAGCACACAACACACGGAGGAUACUUUUUUAAACAGAGAGAAAGGACCAAACCUUUUUUACUCAUCCCGAAAGAUUGUACAUAGAUAUGUAUGUACAUAUCUAUACACAUACUAUACAAGUCUAUUAAACAAUCUAUUAAAAGUGUCCUGUUCUCUGCAUUUUUGUUAAAUAGUAUCAUAAUUAUUAAUUAUUUAAAGUCGACAGUAACUGGUUUGCUGAUGACUUGUGAAAAGAAAUACAGUAUAUGAGGGUGAGUGGAUAAAGACCCUGGACAAAAGUAGACACCUUUUGGCCAUGUUUGACAAACUUUUGUACUAAACCUUCACAUAAACACUUCACAUAAACUUUUGUCCAUAUUUGUCCGGAGAAGACGGGAAUUUAUUCAUUCAAAUAAACAGAUAGACCAUGACCCGUCCUCAACAUCCACUGAUAGCCCAGCUCUUAUCAUGAAUGUUGAUAAAUACAUCCUGCAUCUCAGUAGUUGACACAGAUACGUACACUGGAUCCCUACAGAGGUGAGAACACAAACACAAACACAAGACAGAGGCACAAUGUCGGGCGGAGAAGCAGCAGAGCCGGUCGCUAACUUAAUAACAAUCGACGUGGACGGGUUUCCACUUCCGGUCAAGCGCAAGAGUGUGGAAGAGUGGAGAAAGGCCAUCGAUGGGCUGAGAAAGGUGGAGCUUCGGGACGAUGACAUUUUGAUGCUUUGUUAUCCUAAAGCAGGAACUCACUGGCUGUGGGAGGUGACCUCCAUGUUGUUGCAAGGCAAGGCGGAAUACGAUCCCAGGCGCAAAGAACAGCUCAUGAUGGAGUUCGUCGACGUGGAUGAAAUGGCGGCCAUGCAGUCGCCGCGAAUCCUGAACUCUCAUCUUCCUUUUUCCAUGUUGCCAUGGGAACAAAUCCGGGACAAAAGGAUCAAGGUUUUCCACAUUUAUCGCAACCCCAAGGACACUGUAGUAUCCUUCUUCCACAUGUCUAAAGGCAUUGCACUUCGCCAAAAGGUUCCGAGACCAUUGGAGUUUGCCGAGUACUUUGAGAACUUCAUCAAUGGCAGAGGUGCUUAUGGCAAAUACUUCGCUUACUUACAGCAGUUUCACAAAUUUACCCAAGAGAACCCGGAUGUGCCGGUAUUCAACUUGUCUUUCGAAGACAUGAAAAAGAACCCUCUGGAGAGAGUGAAGAGAAUUGCCGAAUUCCUGUCUGUGUCGAUCGCGGACGAGGUUUGUGAGGAGAUUGUAGAGGCCUGCAGUUUCCAGAACAUGAAGAAGCAGGCUGAGAAGAAAGAGGUCACCAAAGGUGAAACUCGCCGUGUCACAGAUGCCGAUAUGUAUAGGAAAGGAGAGGCUGGCGACUGGAAGAAUUACUUAACCGUGGCAAUGAGCGAGCGACUGGACAACAUGGCCAAAGAGGCUAUGGUGGGUCUUCCGUAUGUCUUGCAGUACUCCUGAAUUACAGACCCAUCAUCCUUGUGAGAAGACAUCAUAAGCAAACAGAAACGCCAGUGAAGAUGAUUAUUAUAAAAAUAACGAUUUUAUUUUGUUCAAGUAGUCUACAUUCUACAUUAGUCUACAUUAAAUGACCUGCAUUAAAAAGUUU